GGGCGCCCAGGGCCAGAAUGGCAACCAUCGCACCCAGGCCCUUCAAGCGGUAGGUCAUCAUUCUCUGUGUCUUCUGCUCGCGCAGCGUCGUGGCUCCUAGCCAGGCGGUUGCGGAGGUCCGCUGUGGCAUCGAGCGACAGCUGAGGUUGCGGAGAGCUGGCACCACGCUCAGCUCGCCGCGACGACGGCUUCAUUGCCCACGCUCGCUCCGUCCUCGCUGCGCAGAUGCUGCAGCGUCUCCUGAGUCCCGCUUCGCAAGCUGUCUAUCGCUGAUUCACAUGUUUUGAGUCUUCAUUUUGCUGACACCGAUGUCUCGCAGGAAAUCGACAGCACCGUCGGCAUCAUGCGGGAUAACAUCAACAAGGUCUCAGAGCGCGGAGCCCGUCUGGAUUCUCUGCAGGACAAGACCGAUACCCUCGCCGUUUCCGCCCAGGGUUUCCGACGGGGCGCCAACCGCGUGCGCAAGCAGAUGUGGUGGAAGGACAUGAAGAUGCGCAUGUGCCUGAUUGUCGGCAUCAUCAUCCUGCUCGUCGUCAUCAUUGUCCCCGGUGCGCCUAGAACCUGCCUCUUUUCUGUGUGCUCGGGACGCUAACAGACGCGCAGUCGUCGCUACGAGAUAAACGACCUCACGCCCCAUACCACGACACAUACCCAAACUACUUAAUUGAGAGGGGG